CAGAAGGAAGUGCUGGGCUGGUGGUGGUGGGGGGGGGGUGCUGGUGUCCUGCAGGAAAGGGGAAGAUGGUCCUGCCCAUGAGUGCAGCUGGUUCCUGACAGAGGAAGCUGAGACGGAGGCAGAAGGCUGGUGUCUCUGUGCUAUCACCUCCAUGCAGCUCUGUUUACCUUCCCCUCACCCCCCCACCCCUCCUACACGGGGGACGGGGCCACGCAGUCACGCUCUCUCUCUCUCUCCCUCUCUCUCUCACACACACGCUCUCUUGCUGCAUCCCCUGAAGGAAACCCUCAGUCCCCCUGCUCUGCUCCCAGCCACUGGCAGUCUGCCCUGGCUUCGAUUCUGGACCGGCACCUUCCUGGAACCGCACCCGACUGCUGCAUCUGACCCGCUUUAAUGGACUUUUGAGUGAGUGAGGAAGAGAAACAGAGGGAGAGAGAGAGAGAAAGAAAGAGAGGGAGGGGAGAGGGGAAGGAGGAGAGAAGGACCCAAUAUUGGAGUCUCUGUCAAACGCCAGAGAGGGUCAUGGGAACGCAGGAGCAGCAAGAGAUCGGGAGGUCAUCCACGUCAUCUUGUUAAACGCCGGGCACCAAGAAGAAGGAUUAAGUCACAGAGAAGUGGAAAGAAAGUUCUGGAGGACGGCUGCACUCCAUGUGAUUUCCAUGUGUGUUUCUCAGGCUCCUGCUCUUGCCAUUACGACUGCUGAUCUCACACUGUUGGAAACCGCAACCCUAGUGGGCUCUGUGAGCUCAGCACUGGUUCCGCCAGCGUGGAAGGGGGUCCACUCCCACUCAGCAGGGGUCUGACCUCUCGCAAUGAGGUCGCCCUCCUCAUCGUCGCUGGCGCAAAGGCUGACUUAGAGGGGACGACUUUCUGGUGUUCUUCUUGUAAGCCGGAACUUGGAGACCGUUGCAUUUGGUCCGUAGUACCUGCCCUAACCUGACAAAGUCAGAAAUUCAAUGUUUGGUGACCUCCGCCCCCCCCAAGAAUGCAGAAGCUGUCUACGGAGUUGCACUUCCAUCGCCCACAGGGAUCUGACUCUGAGAAGGUGUCUCCCGUAGCCCUGAGGAUCCCCACCGUGACACUGACCAGCCAGAACGCCAUGGCAGCCCGACGCUCUGCACAUGGAGUCACCCCCACGUCUCCCCCUGCAGGCCGGGGAGCCAGGAGAGCCCCUGAAGGUAGCGCGGAACAGAAGGUUGGAACGAUGCCAGAUUCACCCGCCGAUGUCAAAACCCAGCCCAGAUUGACCCCACCCACCAUGCCACCGCCCCCUCCCGCGGUCAGCCAGGCGGCCAAUCGCAACGCGUCAUUCACGCCCACCACGAUGCUGAACGGGAGCGGCCACUCGCCCACAGCCCUCAACGGGGCACCCUCCACCCCCAACGGCUUCAGCAACGGGCCGGCCAUGUCAUCCACGGCCUCGCUGUCCACCCAGCAGCUGCCCCCCGCCUGCGGCGCCCGACAGCUCUGCAAGCUGAAGCGCUUCCUCACCACGCUGCAGCAGUUCGGCAAUGACAUCUCGCCGGAGAUCGGCGAGCGCGUCCGCAGCCUGGUGCUGGGCCUGGUGAAUUCCACCCUGACCAUCGAGGAAUUCCACGGGAAACUCCAGGAAGCCACCAACUUUCCGCUGAGGCCCUUCGUCAUUCCCUUUCUGAAGGCCAACCUGCCCCUCCUGCAGAGGGAGCUGUUGCACUGUGCCCGCAUGGCCAAGCAGACGCCGGCCCAGUACCUGGCCCAGCACGAGCAGCUACUGCUGGACGCCAACGCCAGCUCACCCUUGGACUCCUCCGAGAUCCUGCUGGAGAUCAACGAGCACGGCAAGAGGAAGACCCCCGACAGGACCAAAGACAAUGGUGCGGACAGAGAGGGCCUCCACGCGGAGCACCUAGCCAAGCGGCCCUGCACGGUCAGCCCGAGCCAGCGGUACAGCCCCAGCGGCAGCCUCACCAGCCACCCACCCCCCAACGGCCUGACACACCCCACGGCCAACGGCCUGGCCCCCCCCACGGCCCCCGGGCCGCAGCACUACCGGCUGGAGGACAUGGCCCUGGCACAUCACUACCGCGACGCGUACCGGCACACCGAGCACCGGGAGGCCCGCGAGCGGCACCGGCAGACGGCGGUGCAUGGGGCCCGCCAGGAAGAAGUAAUCGAUCACCGGCUGACGGAUCGGGAGUGGGCGGAGGAGUGGAAGCACCUCGACAAUCUGCUGAACUGCAUCAUGGACAUGGUGGAGAAGACGCGCCGGUCGCUCACGGUUCUGCGGCGUUGCCAGGAGGCCGACCGCGAGGAGAUGAACCACUGGAUCCGGCGCUACAGUGACGUAGAGGAUAUGAAAAAAGGUGGGAGCUCCGCCCAGCGCCUCCCUCACCUUUCUCCUCCACCUCCUCACAACUCCAACACUCCUAACAGCAGCAAGCCGCAGCCCCUAGAGAUCCAUCGGGACUUCCUGCACCGGCCGCCCUCUGGAUACCUGCCCGAGGAGAUCUGGAGGAAAGCAGGUGCCACAAGCUUGCCCCUUUCACCAGCACUAAAGCACCUCCAAAACAAGCAGGAGGAGGCGGUGAACGAGGUGAAGAGACAGGCCAUGCUAGAGCUGCAGAAGGCCGUGUCAGACGCUGAGCGCAAAGCCCACGAGAUGAUCUCCACCGAAAGGUCCAAGAUGGAGCGGGCACUGGCCGAGGCCAAGAGGCAAGCAUCUGAGGACGCGCUGACCGUCAUUAACCAGCAGGAGGACUCCAGCGAGAGCUGCUGGAACUGCGGGCGAAAGGCCAGCGAGACAUGCAGUGGCUGCAACACGGCGCGCUACUGCGGCUCCUUCUGCCAGCACCGGGACUGGGAGAAGCACCACCACGUGUGUGGGCAGAGUCUGCCAGGGGCAACAUCCUCCUCGUCCUCCUCUUCCUCUGGGGCACCCCCCACACACUCCGAGAGCAACCCCCCUGCGUCCCUCUCCCUGUCCGGCCCGGCUGCUGGUGCCGGGGGGGGCAGCAACAGCACCACGGCCAGUCCAAAGGAAGCCAGCUCCAGCAGCGCCUCACGGUCCACAACCCCUGCCACUCCUGCCCUGCUGGACAGCGCCUCCCGCUGACGGCCGCCGUUACAGCAACCCCACUCCCUCCACAACAGACUGAAGAAUCUCCUUUGAGAACUAUCACCCCCUGAGCUGUAGCUAAUGGGUGCCACUUUUCAGCUACCUGAAGAUCUUCUUUUUGCUACCCCUAAAACCUUCGCUGUCUCUCGGUCAACCACACACACGCGUGUGCAGACACACACACACAUACUCGUGAAGACACGAGGUAUUUGCUUUAUUGUGCGGUCAGGCCAGAUCUUAUUUCACCCACAGCCGCACCGAUAAACAUGAACACCCUCCACUGCCUUCGACACACAGGUUCCAGCUAAAAAGUCCGCCAUCUUAUUGCCAGUUAAUAACCAGACAGUUUAACAUCAGCACAGCACUUCAGCCAUCACAGCAACUUACGGUGAUUUUGUCUGGCUUGGGUAACCUAAACCCACUGUAUGUUGUGUAUAUGGGGGGGGGGGAUGGAGUAAACAAAUAUUUCACCUCAUUUAACAUGAGGGGGGUAAUGGUACACCGAUCUUCUGAAACAUGACAGUUGUGGGGUUAUGCCCCCCCUCCCCCCGUAUGCACACAUACAGUGCUAGGCUCACCUCAAAGAGGGACUCUUCAACAAGAAAAGUGACGCUUUAUCUCACAAAAUAAUAACUUUAAAGGUUUGUUUUUGGCUUUAAACAAGAAUAAUAAAAGAAUAAUCCAAAAAUCCUGAAGGAAUAGAGAAAAUUUAAAAAAAAAAAAAACCCGUUAACUACCUUGCUAGCGAGCCAAGAAAAUGUACACCGGACUCACCUCUCUGUACAGAUGUGAACCCAAAUGAAUUUUAAAAGAACACGAUCCAAACCUUUCUAUUUUUACUACACUGCCAAAGUUACUAAGUGACGAGGAGGAGCACUGAUCUCGUAACCAAACGCAAGCUACUUCAGCCUCUCUGCGGGGUCGGCGCUGGGAGGGGAGCAGCAGCAGGGCCCGGGGCCCCGUGCGUCGAAGCCGAACCGACAGCAACCCUGCUGUCACUCAGACACAUUUCCAUGGUGAUGGGAAAAUCACUUCCGGAGUUUUUCCCGUCACACGAAAACAGCAACAAGCAGAACUGAUGAGAAAGUGAACAAGACAGUGACUUUACUUAUUUUUUUGAGCGGUGAUGGACUGGAAACCAAAAGAUGCUGGCCGGCUCCCAGUGAAGACAGAACUGCUGAUCCUCACAGAACUGAACGGCACUGAAACAGACCUUGUCCCACAUGCAAACCCUCCAGAUUGGAAGCUCUUUGUCUCUCUCCAAAGACAUUUAAGGGGGUUUGACCUUUCCGCUUUUACUUUCCUUUUUCGAAAGCAUGCAGAGCACUGUUGAUUUCUCUCUUUCUCUACCUCCCUCAUGUGUACCUUCCUCCACACCCCAUGGCCCCUUUAGCUAAUCUCGGCCCACCUCAACAAGACACACAGUGUGUGUGUGUGUAUAUAUAUAUAUAUAUGUAUAUAUAUAUAUAUAUAUAUAUAUAUAUAUAUAUAUAUAUAUAUAUGUAUGUAUGUAUCCAUGCAUAUAUACAUAUAUAUAUAAUUUGUGAAGGGGAUAAACCUUGUUUGUAGAUACUGGUUUUGUUUAUUUUUUAAGGGGAAAAAAAACGUCUUGUCUCUGAUGUUUGUGUGCAGACCACCCCCUGACAGGAAGAAUCCAGCGCUUUAAUGUUUUGGGGUUGAACUUUGUAACAUAAAGAAAGACAUUUAUCAGCAGAGUCUCCUUUGAAUCUGCAGCAGGCAGUAAAAAGUGAACCCAGAAUAUUCUAUAUUACUCGUAUUGUGACACAGCAAGAAGUUAGAGGUGCAAUAUGAUAGCAGAAUUCAGCUACUGAAGGGAACCUCAGCAACUGCCCUUAGGGUGAUAUGUAGAAUAUAAAUAUACGUAAAUAUAUUUAAAACAAUAACAUUAACUUAAUGUGAAUGUAUAUAGUAUUUAAAGAGGUCCAAAAAAUGUUUGCCAAAUAACAGAAAGUAUAAAGUCUAGAAUAUACUUUUUUUUCAUUUAACAUUUUUAUUGAAGCAAUUACAGUUCAGCAUUCAAAAGCUUCAUUUUUCUUUAUUUACGCAAUCUGAGGCGCGUCUAAUACACAGGAGAAAUACACGUACAGGGCGCGUGAUGCUGCCCGUGGAAUCGCAGCUCGAGCGCGGCGCGAGCCACUCCAGCGCAGCGGCGCGUGGCCGCAGCACAGCAUGCACGUUCUUUACGCAUCAUGCACGCGUGUAAAGAAAUAUCUCCUUGUUGACUUUGUGCGAUACGGUCCUUUUCUGGUCCCCUGGAAGGACUGGCUUUUUGAGCGCCGAAUUAACACCAGCCGCCUUCGCUCUUGUCCGACUUCUAACAAAGCAAGUUUUACUGCGUUAGUCUCGUGAAUUUAGGUGAAAUACUGCCACCUAUUGGACAGACGUGUCGCUGCGGCAGCUGAGUGUGGCAUCAAGUUAUGAAGAGAAACUUUGAACUAAAACCGUAAAGACUUGUUUCAACAGUUAAUGUACUUUUAAUCCGUUCUGAGAUUACUGGCCCACGGAGGACGAUGGCGCUUUCGAAUAUUACCAUUAACAAAGUAAUCAUUUUAAACAGAAUCCAAGGUUCUCCAAUGAAAUAGACAGCUCAUAUCCAAAUUAUUUAACUCCAAAUAACUCCACAUCCAGUUAAGUAAUAGCCUAUUAAACUCUCUAAAUAAUUUUGUCCCGUUUAACUUCAUUUCAGAGUGUUACUUGUUUCAUCUUAGAGCAUUUCGGGCUAGUCAAAGUUAAGUGCACUGCGCUAGUGCAAUGCGCCUGAUCCAUCUUCAUAUUCCAUUCCCAAUAUUUAAUUUUUGCAGACUACAACAUGUCAUCCAUCUCUCUAUUUGUCUCUGUAUAUGUGUGAGUGUUCGCGCGUGCGUGUGUGUGUGUUUUGAUAUAUUAUCUAUGUUUCACUGCAUCUGUUGUUCUUUAGUUUGUACGUCUCGUCUAAAACAGUGAUCCACUGUUCUGCAUUGCCCCCCUCCCAUGAUAGGAUUCUGGCCCCCACAAACCCAUCCACAGACCACUAACUGGUAGUUCUCCCUCUACCUCUGAGUAAUCAUUGGAAAAAGCAGAUAGACAUCACUGCCGAGCAAAUAAAUGAAGAACAGAGCUGAAGCACUCAGCUGUGAGAGCUGCGCUUGUUUAACAAACCUGCAAGCCCACUGAGAUUUCCUGGCAAAGUCUGAGAAAGCCGACCUUGAUAGCUGGUUUAAACAGCAGCCGCCGUAAUGUGUUGAUUUCAACAGAACCUGCUGGUUCCACAAUCCAAUAAAGAGUAUUAUUUCUUAAUAAUACAGCCAACAGCACUGCUUUUCAGUCACAAAAAAAACUCAUUAAAGAGCAUGAGGAUUCCACCUUUUGACUGAUGAUGCCUAUGGCAUGCCUGUAAAACAUCCAGAUCGCUUCAAUAGUGCCAAACCUGUUCCCAUAACCCAAAGCCUGACAUAGUGACACUCAGGCAAACGUGAGGGAGACCCCGCGAUUUGGUGCUAACUUUAUAAUGCAGGCUUUUGUGCUGUGAAGGAAAGGCGGCUUAUCUCAGUGGGCAGAAGUUGCAUUUUGAGGCGAAUGUUCUGUGAGCCUGUAACCCUUCUUAUGUCAUAUUUCUUCCAAAAUAACGAAAAGCACAGACCAAAGCAUCUCCGAAUGGCUGCAGAUCUCACCAAUGAGCAGUUUCGACAUGCCACGGGCAAGUCUGAGAGUAGGAGGCUCCGUACCAACUAUGUGUAAACCAAAGUAUCUAAAAUAGACGAAUUUGCUCGAAGCACAAAAAUGCCAAUGCAUGAAAGCGCGGAGAUCGACAGCUAGCUACCGUUUCAGCUUUUUCCAUUUAAGCAUUUCAAACGCAUAAUUACCUGUUUACUCCAAUCAUUCGCCGCAGAAUAUUACAGCUUCUUAUUUAGGAAUGUGAAAAUGUAGUAAUUACACAAGAACCGCAGGGGUAAAUGCUUCAAUGUGUAGUUUAUUUGUAUGACCAGACAGAAGUCAGCACCCUGAGCUUUAAUCAGACAUUUGAGGCGUAAACAUGGGAGGAAUAUUAUCAAACCAACAGGAGCAGCACUAAAACCUCGUAUUCCAUUGAGAGAAUUUGGAAAGUUAGGCUACUAUUUUCAGAUGAUGCUACUAUUUUCUUAUUCUCUAUAUGUCUAGCCGUGCUUGGUAUGUCUGCCUGUGGAUCAAACUUGAGGCAUGAUUCUUUGGAUUGUAAUUGUUUAGUUAAAUAACCUCAACAAAUCUAACCAAAAAAAAAAAAAAAAAACUAUGUGUAACUUUUAGGUUUCUCUGUUUUUAUCACCGAUAUUCCCACAAUAUUUCUAUCUAUGAAGACUUUCUGUCUGUGAAUCGUAUGGAAUUCUGUCAGGGGGUUCGUUCUGGGGGUCCCGAUCCCAUUGUUCUGGGGGUCCCGAUCCCAUUGUUCUGGGGGUCCCGAUCCCAUUGCAGCAGCAUCAGAAAGGGAUGCUAGUGUGGAGUACUACUGGGAGGAAGACAUGCUUGUCACAGCUGAAGUGGAAAGAAAGAGAGAUUUUGACAUUGUUGUAUAUGUCCAAAAACACUCCGAUCAUAUCAGCAAAUAAUUCUGGGUUAUGGUUUCAGGCGUUGCCGUGAACUACUCGGCAAAAAACAAUUCUCCUAUCUCCACUGCACUAAAAGGAACUGUCCUCAUGCCGUUGAACAAUACGAACAGGUGUUUUUAAUUAUUCAGACAUGGAUAUGGUCAUUUGGGAGUAUAGUCAAAAGGAUUUCUGCUUUAACGCUUCUGAAAUUUGCAACAAGGAGAGCCGUCGGCUGCUGUAAAUAUAUUUGAAUGUUCGUUUCAUUAACAGGUGCGGGGGGUCCAACUCAUUCCUGCGUUGGCGAAGAAAACCCGUCUGUCACAUUCUUUUCAGCUUUUUAAAACAUGGUCUAUGAAGAAUAUGUUCCAUUAUGCGUAUAACGUGCGGAGACAUAAGCUUCUCUGACACAGUUUUUACUAACCUAGAAAAAACAAACUGGUUUACAUUGCCUGUGUGAUUCUUCAGCUGUUUCGGUAAAAAUAAUAAUAAUAAUAAUAAUAGUUUGUACUGUAAACCUGGCAAAGCUUAACCGCUGGAAAGGUCUUUGGAAAGAUGGGUACAGCUUGUAUUCUCAAAGCCAUUGUAGGGACUCUUUUUUAAAUAAACGCUUUAGACAAAUGAAGGUUUGAUUUGAUAUGUGUAGAGAAUCAUAAUAUGCUGUUUCGUGCAAUACAUUAUUACAGAAAAAAGUACGUUUCUGUAGGAAGGUUGGUGUGUUGAAGAAAAUGUAAUUUUCUGUUCCUCUUUAAGAGUCCUGUGAUCAUGCUCUAAGAAAAGCAAACUGUGCCAGGAGAAUUGUAUUUUCAUUUUAAUUUAUUUCUUGCAUGCGUCCCCUUUCGCUGUUUCCCUCUAAUCGUGCGCUACGUCGGACAUGUGAAGCUGUAAACAUUCUAAUUCAGGUUAUUGUCUGUGUUGAGCUAUGUAUCUGUGUAAUUAAAAAAGAAAAUUGAAUAUGA